AUGCUCGCCGUGUUGGUGCUGCUGUGUCAGCUGCGUGUGGCGGUGCUCGCCUUUCCUCACUGCCCUGGCAGAGCAAAGGACUCGGAGCAACCGGAAUGGAAAGAUGUGUUCACAUCUGCAAGGGAGGCCAAUUUAUUCAUUGGACGACAUCUUCUGAACAACAGAUUUGAUUUUGAAGCAUUCACAGCUGAUAACCUGGAAAGGGAAUGCAAUGAAGAACUGUGCAAUUAUGAAGAAGCAAGAGAAAUUUUUGAAGACCCUGAUAAAACGAUGGAUUUUUGGAAAGACUAUUCAACUAAAGGCCCUAACAUAAAAUUAGGUGAUGAGGCACUGCAGAAGAUUAAUGUCACAGGGCUGCUCAUCAGCCUGGUUGCUGCUGGAGUGCUGUUGGUUAUAAUUGCACUGAUUGUCUUCUACUGCUGCAAGAGCAGAUGCAAAUCAAGGCAGCCACCAGGGUACAUGGGUUAUGUGAGGAGCAGAAGGAGGAAUUCAGCCAACAUCUUCAGGAGGCACGAGGAGUUCUCCUUGAGCCCCCUUCCCGAGGACCCGGAGCUGCCCACCUACGAGCAGGCAGUGGCCUCUGAUGGCCGGCACGCCGUGCCCCCACCCCCUUACCCAGGGCCCCCCAGGCACCCCCGGCUCUUCAGAAAGUCCAUGUCCCUCCCUGGCCCCUAG